GAGAGAACUGGAGAUCCUUAACGGCUAACGUUUAAUAGUAAGAGCCUUUCGUACCUACAACCGCCGCUGCCUACAAAUUAACCUCUGCAAGCAAAGAAAUCACAACCACGCGCUUAUGGGAUGGUGAACUGGGUGCAGGUGCUUAGGGAACACGGGCAGGCCCGCCUGGCCAAGAUCGCCGGCCUCCGGCAGCACGCCGUAGCCAUCCACGACCAAGAUGACGCCGAUGCCGCCGGCACCGUCAUCAACUUUUGGCUCCCCAAGCACCACAAGAAAAAGCACACCUCCAAGGAGGGACCAGGCGGGAAGAAAACCAAGAAGAAGCAGAGUAGGCACGCCGUGGUGCUGGUGCACGGCUUCGCCGGCGACGGCAUCAUGACGUGGUGGCCCCAGCUCAACGCCCUCGCCAGAGUCAGCCACGUCGACGUCUACGUCCCGGAUCUAGUCCACUUCGGCGGCUCCACGUCGCCGUCGCGGGACCGUUCCGCCACGUUCCAGGCGCGGUGCCUCGCCGCGGCGCUGCGGAAGCUCGGAGUGGUCGAGCGGUGCACCGUCGUCGGGUUCAGCUACGGCGGUCUCGUGGCGUUUGAGAUGGCAGCCGCGUUCCCGGAGCUCGUCAGAUCCAUCGUCGUGUCCGGCGCCGUCCCGGCAUACACGGCCGCCAUGAACGACGCCCUGCUCGGGAGGUUCGGCGUCGGAUCGCUCGCCGAGCUCAUGCUGCCGGAUUCGGUCGGAGGUGUCAUGGUGCUUUUCUCCACCGCCUUCUACAAGAAACCCUGGCUUCCCCGCCGUCUACUCGGCGACUUCCUCGAGUUGAUGUGUAACAAUCGGGAGGAGAGAGCAGGGAUGCUAGAAGAUACGAUUAUCAGGGACAAAGAAGCACCGGCAUCCCAUGUUUUUCAGCAGAGCAUACUUCUUUUAUGGGGAGAGAAUGAUAACUUCUUCACCAUAGAGGGUGCCAAGAGGCUCAAAGAAGAGCUCGGAGAGAAGGCGACACUACGAAACAUAAGGAAGGCAGGCCAUCUAGCCCACAUAGAGAGGCCAUGUGUUUACAACCGUUGUCUGAAGGAGUUUCUGGCUCAUGUCAACACCAUGUGAUCCUCUUAGAAAAAAUGUGUGCAUGCAUGCAUUUUUUCUACAUGCCUAAUGCUGGUUGUUGGUGUUGUUAUUGUAGAUUUUUUGUUGUCCUCAGUUGCAUACUAGUAAGAUGAGUGAACGGGUAGCUAUGAUUUGGAAGGCCACUGAAAUAGUUGUACUAUAUGUAUUUAGCCUUGCAGCGGCAAAACACUUGUUUCACUAUAAUUAUGGAUCCAUGUUUUGUGAUCUUUGAUAAGAAGAACACCGCUAGCUUAAGAACCUAUAAAUCAAUACCACUAUGAAUUUUGAAAAAUAACCAUAGUUUAGAUGGC